UCUCUCUCUCUCUCUCUCUUAUGUAAGCAGCCUUUUUUUUCACAUGAAAAUCAUUAAAAAAAACUCUAAUCUGUCAAUGUAUGUCUGCAACUGAACGGGGUAAAUACGUCACAUAACGCGUGCCUAUAUGAUCCAUUGAAGAAAUUUGAAGGAUUAAUGCUUACUGGCUGUAAAUACUUGAAGAAAUACUACAAAUUCACAGACAUAAUCCACAUAAUUUCUCUCAAAUAACUUUACUACUUAUGUCCACUACUAUCUUUACCACCCUAUAUAAGACCUAGCUACCCACUUCCCUUCCCGUCUCAUAUUUUUCAUUGGUUUUCCCUCUCAAAACCCAUUUCUUUUUUAUAAUCAAUUUCCAUUCAGCUAUACUUUGCAUUCCUUUCAACUAUUUCAAGUUUUCUAGCUUAAACAUAUCACCAUGCAGUCUAAUGAGGUUGCAGGCCUUCAAUAUCUAUAUCCUUCAAGCCAAAGCUCAUACCCAAACUUUUCUGGUAUGGCGCAGAAUGAUAUAUCUUCAUAUCAGAUCAACAAAUACACCAACCUAUUAUACAAUAUCCAGAUUGGUCCACAGCUUCAUGAACUCAAUCCACUUCCAUCAUGUUUCAGCAAUAAUUCAACAUCAGAUGAAGCUGAUGAGCAACAGUUAAGUAUUAUUAAUGAGAGGAAGCAAAGAAGGAUGAUAUCCAACAGAGAGUCCGCACGUCGAUCACGUAUGCGCAAGCAGAGACACCUGGAUGAGCUCUGGUCCCAGGUUGUUUGGCUCAGAAAUGAGAAUCACCAGCUCAUUGACAAGCUGAACCAUGUUACAGAGUCCCACGACCGCGUCCUUCAAGAGAAUGUUCAACUUAAAGAAGAAGCUUCUGGACUUCGUCAGAUGAUUACUGACAUGCAGCUCAGUAGCCCUUACUCCGCUCUGAGAGAUUUAGAGGAGGUUGCUAAUGAAGCCUACCUUGAAGAUGAGUCACCAAACUAGACCUAAAGUUCCAUGGGUUCACUACCUCUAGGAUGACUAUGAUUUUACCUUUUUGUAUCCGUUUCUACCUCUUCAUGGGGUUAGGUCAAUUAGUCAUUGUCUCUGCCUCUUUUUAAGCAGUAUCCUAUUAGAGGAAAACUAGUGCAGGCAAGAAUACAUCUAGAGAAUUCCUGCCACUAUCAUACAUAUAAUGAGAUGCUACAUGUUAUUUGCUUCUUUUCAGACUUUUUCAAUAAAAUCAGAGUUUCACAAA